AAAGUAACUUUAUCUCAGUGGUAAUCUUCGUUGAUGGGAGGCCUUCAGUUCUUGGUCUUCAACUCUCCAUGAACGCUUUUGAGGUCGGCGGUCAUCUGGGUGGCAAGCUCUUCGUCGGGGCGCUCGGUUUCAGAUUCGGUUCAGGUUUUGGGCUCCAGGUUUUGAAGUACCGUGUCACCAUGGCAGCAGAGGCCAGCCAAAGCUAGCUAGCAUUUUACUUUGUUAACGUUGUGGAACUUCUAGCUAGUUUGCACCGCGCUGGUAUGAUUUAGCUCUGUCACUCGUAUUCUGCAUACAAAUCUCAUCACCAUGCAAUUGCUGAGAGAAAGCACCCCUCUCCUGGCUCUUGACCCUGACGAGGAACGCAUUGCCAUCAACGCGGUGGUGAACGUCAAGGAUCAUAACGUCCAGGACCAAAAGCAGCCCUGGAACGACGGAUUCUGGAAGUGCCUUGCUGUGAUCUUUGGGGUCAUGUUAUUGGGUACAAUCUCCCACUCUCCAACAGGAGAUCACUUUCGCGUCAUGAACCAACAACUCUCACUGCAGGAACGAGAGCUAGAGCUUGUGCGAACGAGCUUGGAGAAGAACGAAGAAGUCUUCAAAGCAACCAUCGCAAAACUCCAAGAAGACAAUGAGCUCAAGAUCAGCUCCCUACAAGCUCAAAUCAGCCAGCACGAGGAACACGAACGCUCUAUGAAUGCCACUCUCCAUGGGCUCCAGGCAGAUGUGGCCAACAUGAAGGAGAAAGCAUGUAUUCAGCAAGGAUCAGGAAGUGAAGACAUGGAGCUGCAAAGGGAACCUGCUUGGAAAGCUGCGAUUGCGAGCUUGAACACUUCUAUUGCUAAACUCCAAUCUGAGAGCUACGGUCAACAAGAAAAGCAGCAAGCCCUCGAUGCUCGAGUUUCCCAGUACGAAGACGAAGUCAACCUUUCCAUGAACGCAACCAUUGUAAGUCUCAAAUCUGAAAUCGAGGACUCUGUCGGAUUAUCUUUACAUGGCAUCAUUGACCAGCUUGAAGAAGUCUGGAGUGCUACAUUCCAGAGCCUUGAAUCAAAGGUCGAAGGUCUCCUUGAAGAAAAACGCGCUCUGGAAUCUAACGUAGCCAACAUGGUUGAGAAGGACAACGAAACCUUGAGCAUUACUCUAGACAAGGCCAAUGAAGAACUUGGAGCCUUGGAGCUUGAGGUGGGAACGUUGCAGCCUCAGAUUGACCAGCUUCAGUCGGAUCAGAAGAGUAUUGAGGAGCAAGUUGCCGUAAUUCAGUCUCGGCACAAAACAGGACACUUUGAAGCAGAGCCACCCUGCAUGGGCUCCAGCUUGCCAUCGGAUUGGGUGCAACAUGGCUUCAACACCAUUCAGUUGGUGGUGGACACAUCAAAGUGCCAGUUUCCAGAAGGGAGUGUGCCAACGUAUUUCACUUCUCUCGUGGUGGGGGCCGAAUAUGGAGACCCUGCUAGUUCCAUUUUCCAGAUGAAGCCUACCCACGAUGCAUUUGUUGUUUAUCUCAAUCCUACAUGGGGUGCCCGUAGUUACAUCACCUCCGCAAAUAAUUACGAUUGGCGUAUCCAAUGGAUUGCAUUCUUGGGCUGAGGUCAUAGUAACUCUAUUAAUUGUGAUUGGUUGUGGCACUCGUAAUGGAGGAAGCAUCUGUCUUUCCAACAAAAGUUCAGGUAUUGAGAAGGUCUAGUAAGAGGGGGAUACCGGUAGUAGGAAUGCAUAUUGUGACCUCCUUCUGUAGGUAUCGUCUGUGCCCAGACACUGAUAUCACACUCUUUUCCAUGCGCGUUGGGCCGUUUGUCGGCCGAUCAGCUUGGGUUUGGCCGAGCCGAACACGGCGAGGGGGCAACUACCCCGGAAGUGCACCAUGUCUUUCCAAGCCAUCAGCAACAGGCACCAAAAAUUUUGGCAUUAUCCAACCUCCAUUUUCAUCGUCAUCUGUAUGGCUCUAUUCUUCCAUCUGGGUAAAGAAGGCAAGGUAUAGGAAGCGCAUUUUUGGGUUUAGGUCCGCCAUUCUGCAGUGCUGAUCGGAUAACAUUGUAGUGGCACACUACUGCAAUGGAUUGUUCCGAUCGAUGCGUGGCAAUCCAUUGAAAGAUUUGUGGGAUGCGCUCUGUUCUUGACAGAUGUUGGUCGUGUCCAUCCUCUGCUGGCCAACCCGGUGGCUUUAAGGUUUCACUAUCGAUCCUCAACCCCUCCACCAAGCCAUGCUUUUCUUGGAUGUAUGCUAAGGUAUGCUCAAUAUUCCCACGGGCAUGAUUUUCGGGGAUGGAAGACCCCAAUUCUCGCAGUCCAUAAUGAAUCAAGAAGGGAGGUGGUUGAGGUGUGAAUUUUUGAAAUGCCAGAACAGCUGUUUCCAUUGCUCGGGUAAGAGGAGAAGAUAUCACCAAAUCAAUUUUCGGCAGUUGUUGCCGACCGUUCAAUCUCUGCAGUAUUGAAGGAAUCUCAUGGGCUUGAUGGAUGCCCUUAUUUGUCAAUCCGCAGUCCACGAGCUGGGGAUCUCGCUUGCGAUCGAGACCAUUCUGCUUGGCGGCUUGCCCCUGACUAUGGCCAUGGCGAAUGAGGUAAAUUGUCUUGGGAUAUGCAGCUGCAUCCGAGCUUCUCCCUUUUCUGGUUUUGGUUUGUUUAGAAGACGACAUUGGUGGAUGGGACCAGGCCCUAAUGGAGAGCUUCUUGAGAUGAUAAAAGAUGACAAGGCAUAGACAGGAGUAGACAAGCGAUGUGUAGUGGGAACGCCGCCUCAUCAUCGAAUAGAAACCCCCUCUUCCCUCUUUGAAGGGAUGGCUUCCAUCGAUUCUUGGUGAUGGUUCGAAACGGCGAAGAUUUCCACGUUUCGAUGCCCACGCCACGCUCAAACCGUUAAUCUGUCAAAUCUUGAGGUCUCAUGUCUUUGGCUGCCUCGACUAAGCUCUGAGUUCGCAAGCUC